AUGAAAUUGGGUAUCACGGCUCCCAAGCUGGAAAAGUUGUGGAUUUAUGGAGACUCACAGGCCGAAAGACUGCACUUAUCGAUAAAGGAUGGACCUCUUUGUACGGAGAUCUUUAAAUCUUGUAAUCUAAGUAAAAUGUGGGUUUACCCUUACAGCGGUCAGUUUCCAAAAUGGGAUGAUCAAGACUUCGAUAAGUCCAUUAUUCUCGAUAGUCUCAGGGUUGUGUUGGAAAGACCCGAUAUGAGCGAAAACAGUGUGUUGAUUUUGAAUCUUGGACUGCAUUACAUGGAGAGCAUCAGACUACAAGAUUAUAGAAUACUUCUUUUGAAGGUGAUUGAUCUAUUGAACGAAAGAAACAAAGGUACAAGCGAACUGAAGCAUAAGGCUCGUGUAGUAUGGAAAACGUCCACUUCUAUAAGCAAGGAGAAGGACACUGGAAGUCAACUGAGAAGUGAUCGACGAAGAUUUCUUGCUCUACCGCGUGUGGCACUCUAUAAUUCUCUUGCAACCUCCCUCAUGUGCCAGGCUGGCUUGGAGGUGCUUGAUGUUUACCCUUUUACCAGGUCUUUUCCGGAAGGCACCGGAGGACCCGAGGUAGCGUGGUACAAGGAGCGUGAUAUUGUGCAUUUCAAGUUCCAUGUGAUGAAACCUAUCGAACACUUUUUGGAAGAAUACCUCUUGGGAAAAAUAGCACGUCCCAUCAAUUUUGUGAAUUACAUGUUUUCAUAACGCAACGAUUAUUGUAAUCUAAAGUCUUAUGAUAAAGGAUUGUUUACGCCAGAGAAAA